UUCCUCAAGGCUGUAGAUGAUGUUGAACACCUUGUCGUCAUGCGUCUGCUUGAGUUGACUAAGCUACAAAUGAGUGGUCUAGGUUACAAGCUUCGCACUCAAAUCUCCAAGGCACUCAAGAGUCGUGCGAAUGCAAUUCAAAACGCCCUUACUCGAUAC